GUGAUCACGUGAUACACGUCAGAGAUCGACCCAGCCUGACGACGGCGGACGUUCAAGUGAAAAAGCAAGACGUAAGGAUGUCAGACACGGAAGACAAGCCUCUCUUGGCCGAGACUGCGGUCCCGGAGACUGACGAUGUACCCCUCCACCCGCCCCCUCCGUACGUACCUGUCGCCGCUGAAGUUACAGAGAGACCAGUAGCUGCGGCCUCAGUGACAGAUCAACCACCGCCGCCUCCUGUCAAGUACUCUAGGUCCAUGCCCCUCCCGACCUACGCCCAGAGCGAGAAAUACGAAACAGAAGGAGUGUUGGAUUUCCACCUCAAGGAGACUGAAGGUGAUGAAACUGACGAAGAGACGCCUCCUUAUAGCCCCGGCACUGGCGGGACCUGGUGCGAGUUCAUGCUCUUCUUUGCCAUUUGCUCCAUGCUGAGUCUGGUGGGGUUUGUGUUCUCUAUUUGUGUGGCCACCACUGUCGCGGCCAAGGGGGGAGCUGUUGCCGGCCUCGGCAUUGCACUCGUCAGCAAACCAAUCAUGUUUGAGAUGUAUGACGACAGUUUUGUGAGAAAUCUCUGUGCCAGUGACGUUUCAGAAGACUGCUUCAAUCGAUUUUACACAAUUGUCCGCUUCUGCGUCUGGCUCAUUGGGCUGUUUGGGUUGGUACUGUUCUACAGAGGCACAGCGGCUUUCCUGAGGGCCAGACAAGGCACUCGCUGACACAUCCAGGGACCCCACUGACAAUUCCAUACAUUUUCCUUUUAGAAUAAUUCCACAUCACCUGUGUCUAAUGUAGUGCAUAGAAGGAGAAUGCUAUGCUAUGUGAUUUUUCACCUGCGAUUUGUAUAAUAUGUGUUCAUUGUAUAUAUUUAAAUUGCAAUGUACACGCUUAAAAUAUGGCUUUAAAUAUUCUACAUAAUUUCCCAGUCAGACAGUUACUCUCACCACACUUCUGUUUGCAGGAGGUACUAUAAUUA